UCUUCACUUAACAACAGGCUUGCUAUUAAGUACAGGAAAAACGUGAAACUACGUUGUUUACUUUUGCCAUUUUUUCUUUAUAUCUUGACUAUUGACAGUUUUGAUGGAAUGACUUCAGUUUUCUCCGUGUUGCAGUCACCGGCACUGAACAGGUGCGCAGGCUGCAGAGCCAACAAAUGGAAGGCCCUCUGAGAAGUUUGUAUGCACCCUGCCGUCUCUUAAAAAUGCUCCGUACCUUAUGAGUGAUCUUCAUCACACGCCAUGAUCCCAAAGGCCGAAACUCGAAAUAAAAAGUAGUAUUUUUCUUCCUUCUUUGUGAAUAACAACAUUGGAUAAAUAACGGGUGGAGGAGAUGCCGGGAGAAGUGUGGACCUCAUUGAUGCUUACAUGGAUUAUGUGCAUCCCUUAUGCUUGCACGGCCCCCUUCCUCAAUCAGUCGAAUAUUUUACAAGCUGGACUCGUCAUGGAUCUACAGGGGGCUGGCGGAGGACACAACAGUUUGAGCCGUGCCAAGAGAGGAUGGGUUUGGAACCAAAUGUUUGUGCUAGAGGAGUUUUCUGGCCCCGAUCCAAUUCUAGUUGGCAGGCUCCACACGGAUUUGGAUUCCGGCAACAAAAACAUCAAGUACAUUCUAGCAGGCGAGGGAGCUGGGACAAUCUUUUCCAUAAAUGAAAAGACAGGAGACAUACAUGCGAUGAAGAGACUGGAUCGUGAAGAGAAAGCCGAAUACACACUCACGGCACAAGUCAUAAACAGGGACACGAACCAACCUCUCGAGCCACCUUCAGAAUUCACAAUCAAAAUUCAGGACAUCAAUGACAAUGCACCAGAAUUCACCCAAGGCCCCUACCGUGCCACCGUCCCAGAGAUGUCUCAAGUGGGUAUGUCGGUCACCAAGGUAACAGCCACAGAUGCAGAUGACCCAGUGUAUGGAAACAGUGCCAAGCUGGUUUACAGUAUUCUGGAGGGCCAGCCCUAUUUCUCAAUUGAUCCCAACACAGAUCAGUGA